GUUCCAUUUAUCUAAAAUUUGGAAAAAUGUUGAUUUCAAAAAACAUCUGAUCUCCAUACAGUGUAAAUCUAUAUACAGUCAAUGUUGAUAUCCACUAUAUCCACUGUUCCUAGUACAGCUAAUAUAUGGAGUUUGUUUUUCUUACAAUACGCUGCAUUUAUAAAAUAACCGCUUUGUCAAUCCCUUUCAAUUCAUAAAUGUGAAGAGCAAUUCCCUGUUAGAGGUCUUUAUAUAUAUAUAGCGCUUAUCACUGCUCUUUCUCACUCGCCCUAGCUUUUCUAUUAGAUCUCCACCAAGAUGUGUCAGUUGCUGAACCUCCUUUUGGCCACACUCAGUCGCGUUCUGUUUGCUGUCCACGGCAUGGUGACAGUGUGGCGGGUGGUCUCGGUGAAAGGAGAACCCAUCUACUGGCUCCUGCUGAUCGGAGUGGGGCUCCUGGGCGUCGAGAUGGCAGUCACACUGAAAUGCACACAGAACGGAGAGUGGAAAUGGUUCUCCCCUAUGGUGUUUCUGUACUUGAGCACAGUGAUCCCUUCAAUCUGGUUUCUGGAACUCAAUUUGUUGCAGUCGAAACUGUCAGCCAACGCCUCUCACGGGGGUACACAUGAUCUGCCACCCAAUCUGCCAAUACCUGUGGAGCUGAUUUGCCUGAACCCUCAAAACUGGGCUGCUGGGUUGGAGCAGACAAUGUUGAUUGUAUUAGUUUUGGGCCGAUGGCUCAUGCCAAAGGGUGACAUGUCCCGGGACCAGCUUUCCCAGCUGCUCAUGGUCUACGUGGGACUGGGGGCCGACAUCCUAGAUAUUUUCGACACCUUCAAAGAGCCGGAGGUGGAGACCAACCAUGGCAUCCUGCUCAUCGGCUUGAGCCUCUUCACUUGGGCUCUCAUGCAAUUCCCUCUGGUCUUGACCCAAACAAAACCCCACAGCUCUCCCCUGGAUGUCAGCUUCCCCUCGGAGGCUGGCAAAGAGCCGCGGCUGGAGAGUCCCGUAGGCAGCGGCUGCGUGUCCUGCUGCUCCAGCGAGGUGUGGAGUCUGCUGGUCACCGUGGGGAUGCAGGACGGCCCCUUUCUCUUCUAUCGGCUCUACCUGAUGGCUCGGGAGAAUGUGCUCAACCAGCUCAUGAUCUUCUUCACUUGCAAGAACAUCCUCAUCGUCAUGAUUGAGAUCUACAGGAUCGUCGUGGUUCAGUGUGAGAAGAGCCGCAGGGGGAGGCAGCAGGACCACUCCGAUGACGCUGCUGAAAGACCACGAGAACAUUUUCAAACCGCAUCUCUAACCCAAGACAAGGCAACAUUGGAGCUUCCGGUCCGAUCCGUUGCGUGACUUUGUUCCAACCGGUUUCUUAAUUAUUUAACUGCUAAAUAUCAACCAAGGGACCUGAUUGAAAGAGUCUUGCAGUGAGUGGACUCUAAGAACCAGUGUUGCCUAGCCCUGCUCUAACAGCUUAUGGGUUUUAGUUUAAAGUAAUGGACACCCUCAAAAUGAGAUGGUAUUCACAGUCACAUUUUAAAAGAAUUUCUUUUUAACAUUAGGUAAUGAUAUUUGA